AUGUCUGGACUGGUCGGUGAGGGCACAGACAGGCCAACCCUCUGGGCCAUACCCAGUACUGUGGUUCCUGAUGGAGCAGACGUGAUCUUUAGGUGCCAGGGCCACCUGGGGAGUGAUCGAUUUCAGCUCUGGAAGGAUGGAGAGCUCAGAGAUGAGAAAAAUGCCUCCCGACCGCAGGCAGAGUUUUUGCUUAUAAUGGUGGGUGACUGGAGAGAUGCAAGAAGCUACAGCUGCCGCUCUGGGCAGGGGCCCUUGUGGUCAGAGCUCAGUGAGCCCCUGGCCCUGGUGGUGACAGGAGCCCUCCCGCAACCCUCCAUUUCAGUCUCACCUGACUCUACAAAAUCCCCAGGGACAACAGUGACCAUCUCGUGCCAAAUACCACUACACCUAUCCCCUCAGGAUUAUAGUUUUGCCCUGCUGGAGGCGAAGAGCCUGGAGCCCUUGCAGAGACAGAGCCCUGCAGGGACCCGGGCUGCUUUCUUACUUGCGUCUGUGAGGGUCGAGGACACUGGGAGCUACAGCUGUAUUUACUACAGGAAGAGAGCCCCCCAUAGGGGGUCCCUUCCUAGCCGUGCCCUGGAGCUGACUGUGCCUGGAUUCCUCCCCAGGCCCACACUCUGGGCUCAGCCCAGCCUCGUGGUAGCCCCAGGGGCCAACAUUAUUCUCUGGUGCUCAAGGCCCAAGCUGUCUUCCCUUGGAGAGGUGAUUUUCACUCUGUGGAAGGCUGGGACCCAGAAGCCCUUACAGCGCCAAACCUCUGCAGAUCUCUGGAGUAAUUUCCCCCUCACAUCGGUGAGACCCAGCGACACUGGGAGCUACAGCUGUACUUAUAUGGACCAGACAACAUCUGCUAGAGGAUCAGAGCCCAGUGAGGCCCUGGAGCUGGUGGUGCCAGAUUCACUCCCUAAACCUUCUAUCUUAGCCUGGCCUGGCUCAGAGGUGGCCUCAGGGUCCAGCGUGACCCUCCUGUGCUGGGGACGUUCAUGGGGUUCUAGGUUUGUUCUGUACAAGGAGGGAGAAGAGAAAACCCUGCCAAGCAUGCAUACUUCUCAAGGUGGGGUCCAGUUCUUCUUGACUCAGGUGACCCCCAAGGACUCUGGCAGUUAUAGCUGCAGCUACCAGCUUGUCACCAAUGGAAAUUUCUGGAAACAACACAGUGAGCCCCUUCAGCUCAUAGUGAGAGCAUCAGAACUCAGUUACACCCUCAUCAUCACCCUCAGCUGUGUGGCCGCCUUCUUCCUCCUCCUCUGCCUCCUUCUGCUGGCAUUCUUCUGCCAUGGAUCCUUCCUUAUGGGUGAGUGGGGGAGGAAAGAGUGA